AUAAAGUCGCUCGGCUCUAAUACAGAUUACUUCGAUCAGGCCGCCUUGCAUGCGGUCCCAUCAGACAGGAAGAAUUUUAUAAACCCUGCUCUUGGGAUUCCUGACCCUAGCUCAGUGUCCAAAGCAUCUAUCGUUGCAUACCCUUCGCCAAUCUCAUCUACCAGCCAGUUUGAUUUAUUUCGAUUGCUCAACCAAGACCUCUCCUCGUCUGCAUUCAGGCCUGCUCUGCCCUCAUUUUUAUCUCGAGCCAAAUGUGGUCUUCAUGGCCUUGCUGAUGCAUCCACAAUUUUUCAGUCCAAACUACCCGAAGAUAUUCAGCUUUUUGCGCCAAGUGGCCGCAACCCUCGGCUACACGAUGAACGUUCUAUCGGUAUCAAUUCUUCUAAGGGCGAAAGUAUUGAAUUGGCCCAACUAGAACCAGACAUUUAUCAUCAUCCCACGAAAUUUUCUCCCGAUGUCUAUAACCCUCAAGAGUGCAAUGUGGACUGCAAACAUGAAUUUCGGCCCCUUCCUCCACUAGAGGAUAUUGGAAUGCAUUGGCGAGACAUCGAUCACUGCCAAGAGCCUUCAUAUCUUUCUGUCAAUCACGGCAUUGUCACCGGAUCAGACAUUUUGCACACAAAUAAGGUCAGUAGUCAUACUGAAUUAGCAUGUCUACAAGUAAAAUGCGACUCUAAAGCUCCAACGUCUGGUAGAUCGAGACGCCCAAAACCGGAAACUAUGACAAGCAAUUGUGAUUCUAAAGCUUCUGAGGCUCGAAUACAAACAAAUAGGUACACCACCUGCCUCCAGUCCACCGGAGCUUGGCCUCAGGCUCGUGGAUCUUUAAACCAAGCUGAGCAGGCUGGAUCAAUCCGGGAUGCGGGAGUCUCUAUCGAGAAGAGGAGACGAUCGACGAGUAAGUUACUGGAUCGACUCGGAACGAGGAGUGAAGCGAAACGAGCUCGAAAGACGGCACUUUCAGGAUGGAAAAGGUCAAACAAAGAAAAGCAUAUCAGGUUGUCCAAGGGGCUGGACGAAAUUAAAGAUAAUGGUCCCGUUCUUGAGCCCAGGACAUUAUCUUUUUCAGGAGUUGGGAAUCCCCCCCAAUCUUCUUUAACCCCCUCUACUCCUCGCUCACCCUGCCUCUCUCCAUUCUGCUCCUCCCCCUCAUUAACUUCUUCCUCUUCCUUCUCCUCAGCCUCCCCAGUAUCUUUCCUCUCCUCCUCCUCCUCUUCUUCCUCCCCCUCCUCUUCCUCCUCUUCCUCCUCCUCUUCCUCUCCUUCCCCCUCCUCCUCCUCCUCCAUCUCGCAUCCGGACGUCACUCUCACCAUUGUCAGCGAAGCAACAGAAUCCGCCAUCCGUUUAGGCGGACGGAUUCCAGAGAAUCCAGAAAUGAUAAUCUCUGCGGCUGCAGCUGCCAGAAAGUCUGGAAAACGCCAACUUAACGAAGCAACAAAGGCGCUCAGGCAGACAAUGCAGUCUAUGAGUUCGGCGAAAUCUAGUCAAUCCAAAUAG